AUGGAACAACAUUUUGAAACUUUAAGAAAAACAAUCCAACAACUUGACCAAGAGAUUCACGAAGGAUUUGGGAGAACAGAAAGAAGAACCAAAGCUCAGCAAAUCUACAACCAUUUGGCUCUGUAUCUCCAAGACUUAGAUCACCCCAUGGGAACUGAACUUGCAAUGCCUAUUGAAGCCACUGGAGAAACCUAA